GCAUUCUAAAAGUCCAGAAACAGUGAUAUGGAGAGAGUAGACGAGGCUAGUGCAUCUUUUAGGCUCUUCCAAGGUAGAUUAAGAUCUUGCCUUUUGUUACUUUGCUCAAAGAAGUUAUAUCAUUUUUAUAUGAUACAUAAAAUCUACUCACAUUAAUCUAUGGAUAAAUUGAACCAGUUUUUGGGGUUGAUUAUUUGACUAAAAUUUUAGACUUAUACAUUAGUAUAUAGGGAAGUAUUUUUUUUUAAAAAAGGCUGAUUAAACCCUAAGGUGAGGUUGCAUUGAGGACCUUGAUCACUGAGAGUAGGAAGAAUUCGUAGUAGUCACAGAUGGCCCCCAUCUGAGAUCAUUCUGCUGUGUACUGAUGCUCUGCAGUUGAUCUAUUGACUUCAGUAGGCAUCUCACCUGUUUUUUUCACAAGUCGAUGCAAGCCAUGCUAACAGCAGGUCAACCCCAGAGCAUUUGAUGUGCACUAGUAUAGCUGGCACCUGCUCUUCUUACUCUUGGUUCUACAGGUGACUGAGAGAGGAGUUCCUCUGAGGCAUGAUGUGGAUCUGCCCUGUCUUUCUGGCCAGGGAGGAGGAGGAGGAGGAAGAACAGUGCCGUGCUAACUGAAGUCUUGGCAGGUGAACCCUCAACAUUUCUAAAUAAGGCCAAUUUUGGGGGUUACUAAAUGGUUAGUGGCUUGUCUAUUGUGAACACAACUAGCAUCUGCUCCCAGAAAUCAAGAAAAAUGGAGUUGAUGUAGUUUCAUGGCCUCAAGAUGAGACUGGAGUUCAUGCCCCCCAAAAUGGUGCAUCCUGUAGAAUAGGAUAUCUAGAACCCUAACAGAUAUGCAGUAGCUGUCUUUUUGUAUAUCCUUCACUUCAGAUUUUCUUGCCAAGUUAUUAGGAGACAAAAAUGUUGUCCUCAGUGCCUUGAGGGAAGAGCAGCUGUGAUCGAGUGUGGACAUGGUAACUCCAGAAAAAAAAUUAAGAUUACACCUACCACAACUGUUUUCUAUACUUAGUUGAUUUUGCAUUAUAUGAAAAUAAUUGAGACAAAUAUUUAUCUUCCUCAGCAGUUUCUGCAUUUGCAGUAGCUUUGGGAAUAUGAUUCAAGAACAGAAAUUCCAAUAUUUAAAGCAAGGGACUCAUGUCAAAAUGGACUUUCCUGAACAUGCAGGGGAAAGUUGUAUUUGACAAGGUAUGCUAUUUGACCAAAUAGAGUGGCAUUUAACUAAGUGGUGGUGUAGGGUGUCCACGUUUGCAGUUUUUCUACGAAGGAACAGGUAAAAUGAAUUUGCAAGGUUAUUUAAACAAUUUAAAAGAGCCAGUUUUUCCAAGAUGCUAUAAGGAUAUUUUUUUUUGCAAUGCCAGGAUUAAUUUUAAUUGCAUCCAUUUCAUCCACCCUUCUUGAGAGUUGUCUAGAGCAGUGUUUCUCAAAUUGUAUUCCUCCAGGUGUUUUGGACUUAACCUUCCAGGAAUCCCAGUUAUUUACCUGGUGUUAGAAAUUGUGGGAGCUGAAGUCCAAAACAUCUGGAGGAGCACAGUUUGAGAAAUUCUGGUCCAGAGCCACAAUUACUCAACACCAACCCUCACAAAACUUUCCCAAAAGACUUGUGAAAUUAGACUUUCAAGUGAGAGAAAGAGCGACUAAGAGAGUAAUGGUUAAAUCUCAAAAAACCUAGGGAUAUUGGGGGAUGGUUUAAAUAAAAACAAUUGGUGGGAAGUGGUGAGGAAUAUGGCCUUCAAGAUCAUGGGGAGUGGUGCUGCUUCAGCUUCUGAGUGUCCAUACCUGUUUUGGAGUGUGUGGUUUCUCAGUGAGGAUUACCUUGCUCAGAGGACCAUUCUUGCAUGUACAGUAGAGUCUCACUAAUCCAAGCCUCGCUUAUCCAAGCCUCUGGAUAAUCCAAGCCAUUUUUGUAGUCAAUGUUUUCAAUACAUCAUGAUAUUUUGGUGCUAAAUACGUAAAUACAGUAAUUACAACAUAACAUUACUGCGUAUUGAACUACUUUUUCUGUCAAAUUUGUUGUAUAACAUGACGUUUUGGUGCUUAAUUUGUAAAAUCAUAACCUAAUUUGAUAUAUAAUAGGCUUUUCCUUAAUCCCUUCUUAUUAUCCAAGUUAUUCGCUUAUCCAAGCUUCUGCCGGCCCGUUUAGCUUGGAUAAGUGAGACUCUACUGUAUAAUGUCCUGUGCAGUCCCAGAAAAGAAAUAAGAACCUAUAACUAUUAAAUAGUAUGUAACACAAUGAUAUGCACCUUGUAGGAAUUUGCUUUGUGUAAGAGUUGAAAAUGACUAAACAUACACAUUUGUGAGGGCUUUCUGCAAUGGCAAAUGUAAAAAGGAUGGUUAAUACUGUACCAAUGGAAUAUGUGAUAAUUCUCAAAACUGCCAUAUGAAAAAUUGUACCUUUUGAAAAACUGUGAACUUCUGUAGAAAUUUUAUCUGUAAUACCCACAAAAGGACCUCAUGCAGGUGGUUUUUCCUUACAUGUAAUAAAGGUAGAAGGUUAAACUUCAAAGGGGCAUGGUGUUUAGUCAGUCAGUGAAAAGGAAUGAUUAGCCUUUUGCUUUUUGUAAGAGAGUGAUAAAGUAAAUUAGAACAUUGCUUAUUAAUUAGUGGCAUUGAUGCACAUUACAACACUACUGCUUUUUGCACCAGUAUUUUUGUUGGCAUGUCAUUACAUUUUAUUUAUAGUGGAGGCCGUGUACUCCGAUGAUGGUGUGGGGGGUUCCACAGAAUCUUAAUAAAACAACAACAAUAAUAAUAGAAAUAAAAACGAUUUAUAUCCUGCCCUGUCCCCCAACACAGGACUUGGAACAGCUAACAACAUAAAAGGCAAAUACAGUAGAGUCUCACUUAUCCAAAAUAAACGGGCUAGCAGAACGUUGGAUAAGCGAAAAAGUUGGAUAAUAAGGAGGGCUUAAGGAAAAGUCAAUUAAAUGUCAAAUUACAUUAUGAUUUUAUAAAUUAAGCACCAAAACAUCAUGUUUUACAACAAAUCGACAGAAAAAGCAUUUCAAUACAUAGUAGUGUUAUGUAAUAAUUAUUGUAUUUACGAAUUUAGCAGCAAAACAUCAUAAUGUAUUGAAAACAUUGACUACAAAUAUAUUGGCUACUAACAAAUUGACUACGAAUUAAAAAUAGAAUUGCAUAAAAUCAACUUGCAGUAACAACAUUGUCGGAAGUUAAACCCGUGAAAAGUUCAGUCCUUGCUGCCUAGAGAAACAGUUGUGGAUCUGGGCGGGAGGCACACUGUGUUGGAUAAUCCAGAAUGUUGGAUAAGUGAAGGUUAGAUAAGCAAGACUCUACUGUAUUCAAUCUUAUACUUUCUUCUCCACCUGUGAGUGAAAAUAUCACAGAAAACCUGAGGUCAAAAAGCUGCUAUCUCCGUCAUGAUUAUCUUUUACAUCAUUACAGUCUUUUGAGAAUUUAGGGCAAUGGUCAUGGUUGGAAACUUUAUGGAUUCUAUUAAAUUGUCUCAUUCCCACAAGGUUAUAGAUUUGUUUUACUCCUGAAUUCUUAGUACUGAUUGGUAUUGCCUCCAAAGAGGUUUAUAUCUAUGAAAGCGCAAGUGAAAAUAAAAACCAAUUAGUCUUAACAAUACUACCACUUUCCUUUCCUCCCCUCUCCCCUCCCUUCUUCCUUUUCAUGAUAUGAGACUGAAAGGAAUACUUCUAUGAAAGCAUCCACAAUUGUCAUUGUUUACACCUGUUGCUUCCUUUCUGAGCUCUCUGAUGUAGAAAGGUCAGGUCAGGACUUCCCUUGUGCCCGAGGCCAUCAGGGCUCAUAUAACAACCAAAGAAGCUUCUGGCUUCUAUUGGAUGCCUCUGGACAGCAGGAUUCCCACUUUGAAGUGGUACAAUGGUGCAAACAGUUACAAAUUUAGCCUGGAUAUAAAUCAUCCAGAUGGGUCCAGUGUGUGAUGAGCUGACAUUGUAGAGACAACCAUUGCGGUGCAUAUAACUUUGUAACAGAAUUAGAACUGUAAUUUAUAUUAUCUCUUGAAGGCCAGAAUCUGGCUAUUGUUCACAGAAGGUAUUAAUUAACCUCUUAAUUCUGAUCUUAUAUCAAGGAUAAGGAUUAUAUUAAACAGAUUACUAUGGUAGUAAUCUGAACCAUCUUUUUAUUUAUAUGGUUCUUUUAUGCUGAUAUAUCAGCAUGGUUGUAUUUUCUGUUUGAGGAUAUGUAUUCACCCUGACUUUGUACAGAAAAAGCAUGUAAAAAUACAGUCAAUUUAAUUUGGUAAAGAUUGAUUUCAGAUAACUUCUUGUUUCCUAAUUGGCAUGCCCUUGAAGGAUCUGACUUGCCAUAAAGCAAAAGACAUGUUCCAUGUCCCAGAAGCUUGACAUAUAAACAAUCGGCAAUCAUCUUUGUUGAGUCUCAAGUCCAAGAAGACUUGGAUGUAAUAUCCUAUAAACUUUAAAGAUUUUAAAAUCAUUUUUGUGAUGAGUAACACAAUAGGCCAUUAAAGUUACUCAGCUUUAAGGAACUUGCUUUCUAGUGUUGCAUUUCAGGUCUGGCUCAAUAAUGAAUUCCUGAAGAGUGCACUUGUUUCAUGCGUGCCAAGCUGCCUGCUCUUUUAAUUUUAUUUUACAAGGUUUCUACUGAAACGAACAGUAACAAAUGCCAACAGGAACAGAUGCAUAAAAGCCUCUGAAUCAGACAGUGAAGGGAACUACCCCAGAUUUUAUUACUUGAACGCAUGCAGAUGCUCCCCAGCUUCAUUUGUCAGAGGGCUUACAUUUAUCCCAUUAUAAGGAAGUUGAAAGGAGAUCAAAAACACGGAGUCAUCUUUCCUCUUCUUUGUGUGUUACAACAUCUAAAACUGCCUUUAAUCACGGAGUUUGGAGCAAAGACAGGAGGCAAAGAAGGAUACUUUGGGGAGAAAGGCUUAGACUUGAGGGGCAGCCAGAGAAGACAAAUGGAAAAGUCAUGGUUGCAGCAACAGCAACAGAUCUCUUGGUCUGUGUGCAGAUCACGAAUGGCAUGUCCUCCAUUCAUAUCUUUCUUCCUUUCUCUUUUUGAUACACAAUGGCCUUUCAUCUUUCAGAAUGUGACAAGUUAUGGGAAUUGAUGGCCAGGCACUGCCAUUAAAACAGUAAUGCUGUCAAUUGUCUUCAUCAUCACGAACAACAUGACGAUUCCCCAAACAUAACUAAACACAUGUUCCGUUGUCCUUUUAUACCUCCUAGUGCAGUUUCACAUAUGCGUUCGAGUACAAAUUGCAGCAUGCUUGUUGGGCAAAGUGUUUUUGUUCAUGAUCGAAUUAUGAUUUCCAGAGUAGGCUAGGAGAUGAGUGCAUCUUUGUAGAAGGAGUGAUGCUCCAUUGUCUAUCCGUAUAUAGGCUUCAGACAAAAAGCAUUAAGCCCCAAGGAACCUGUAGCUGAGCAUGAAAAAGAAAGGAUAGUGGAUUGGUCUUAGACUCCUUCCUUCCCUCCCUCCCAUUUUCUCUUUUUGACUCUAUCCUUCUCUCCGCUGGACACAAUGAGCACAGAAGACAAGUAAGUGAAUUGCACCCUGACAAAAUGAACCCUUUCAUGCAGGGAGUUGUGAUUUACUGACUCGGUGUCUGAACAGAAAAUACGAGAGUGUGAAAGGUUACUUCGGUCCAGGUUUGAAAAGUGUUAUUUAUUUAUAUAAAAUGCAUGCAACGGUUUGCCUGCUUAGUUAAAAAAAAACUGUUGAAAUUGAAUCUCAUGGAAUUGAUGACAUAAAGCAAAAAAAAAGUUUAAAAUUGCCCUUUCCCCUCCCUCAUGCAGGCAUACACACCUGUUCAUCCCAUCAAUGUGUCUUUCAGGGAACGCAGUUGGUGGCACUGAUCACAUUGAUCAUCUUUGGCGUAAGGAAUAACAGACGACAUGCUAGCAAGACAACAAAAUAUCAAUACAUAUAUGUAGCAUUUUUAAGAACCUGAAGCCUUUUGGUAGUGUUAAACAGAGUAGACUCAUUGAACCAAUUGUUGAAUAGUGUGAAUCAAUGGGUCUGCUGAAGUUAAGACUAUCAGUCGUGUCCAGAUUUUAGGCUGAAGAGUUUUUUAUAGCCAUAAUACAUUUCAUUUUGUGACAGCAGAUGAGGUAGAUGUGAUUGUGCAGUGGCAUAAUCACUAACUGGGGUAGUAAACUUUGCUUUCCCACAUUUAAAUUGUGUUCUCUUAUUUUCUUGAGGGGAAAAGCAGAAGCAGCUGGAAAGAUCCAUGAAAUUUGUUGAGACAGGCAGACAGAGAGUACAACUACAUAGUAGAAUUAAUGCAGUUUGACACCAAUUUAAUACUAUGGAAUCAUGAGAGUAAAAGAUUUACAAGGUCUCUGUCAAAGAGUACUGCUUUCACACUGAACUACAAAUUCCAGGAUUUUAUAGUAUUGAGCCAUGGCAGUUAAGGAGUGUUAAAUAGUAUUAAUUCCACAAUGUAGAUGCACCCAGAGUAUCAGAAAAUGUAGAAGAUUUAUUCUGAGAAAAUACUUUGGAUGGGAUAAUAUUUGUAUGGCCUUUUAAAGGUGAAAGCAGCUUGAACAUCAACCUUCAGGGAUUUCAGUGAAGUAUGUCUCCAUAACCUAUUACUGGCAAUUGAUGAGACAGAAUGAUGAUUUUCCUUAUGGCGGCUUAAGCAAAAUCUUGGUUGUGCAGGACUCAAGAACUAUGCUCUUCCUGUGUUCUUGAAACUGGUGACUGGCAUUGCACAUUUAGACAUUACUCAGUGAGUUUUUAAAAACUUUAAAAUGACAAAAUCCUAUUGAUUUCAGUAAGGAUUAUUAUUAUUCAUUUCUAUCCCGCUUUUCUCCCAUGGGUGGGAUUCAAAACGGCAUGCAGCAUAUAAAAUUUAUACAAAUACAUCAGAUAGCAAUACAUAAUUAAAACAUCAUAUCCCGAUAUAAAAAUCCUAAAUGCCAAGGUUAAUGAGGUUAUACUGAGCUAUCUCCUUCAAAUGGAAACCAUAUCCUGUCUAUGUAAGAAGAGAGGUUUGCAUUCUGUCUCAGUUCCAAUCUAGUUCUGCCAUAAACCUUUCCACUUCUGGGACUUUUUCACGCUAUCCAAUUAUAAUGCUAUUGUUUAAUUGGUAUGGCAACAUCCUGUAGAGGCUGGGUUGUGUAGUUUGUUGAGGCACUUGACUGAAAAUUCUAUGUACUUCUCCUUGAACUGCAAAUGCCAGUAUUCUAGAGUAUGAAACCAUGACCAUCAAAGUUGGGGCAAUAGCACUAUAACUGAGUUGUGUAAAUGAACCUUUAAUUUGAUCAACCACUAUGCACUGAAGGUACAACAUUUUCAGUGUAAUGAGCCUGUUGUGUGGCCCAAAGGCCCAGUGCAUUUAAUCUGUCCAUUGACUUUGUGGGGUGUUGGGGUCAGAGAAGGUCAUAAUGCUGUCCAGUUGUUCAUUAACUGCAUUUUUAAAUGGUAGUGUUGUCCCCCCCCCCCUUUUUUUUUUUGAUGCUCAUGCUAUUUAGGGUAAGGUGACCAAUCAUAAUAACAAAUUGAUUAAGGUUAACUGGAUAAAGUCAUCUCCGUCAUAUUUACUGCUAAACUAACUGUCCAGGGAGGGGAAUUAAUGAUCUUUACAGAAACCUCUUAAUGGUUAUUUGGCCACAAGGUGUGAUCCGUUCUGAUCUUUUACGCAACAUAAAUCAGUUUAAUGGUUAAGUAUGUGCAGCUAAGCUGUUGAAUUUAAAUGAGGGCUCUUCAGAUGAAGGAUGCUGCUCCUCCCUCCCCCAUAUGCAUACAGGGGAAAUAGGGCAGGGGUACGUUGUAAUUAAAUCGGGGAGGGGGAGUGCUAUAGUUAAUGCUUGUGUGUGAAACAAGUUCAGCAUGGAGUUUCAUGCUGCUGCUCACCUAUUAAUAAUUCACAACACAGUGGAAGUGGCAGAAAUGUAAAUGGUCAUUGGUGAGGUCAAAGUCAUAUGGGAAAGGAAUGUGGUUGUACAACAUAUUUUUUGCUUGUAUCUAUUAACCUAAGUUUAAAAAUCUCAUAUAAAUUGCAAGUGAGAGCAGCUUUUUGUCUAGACUGGAAAUACUCUUGCUUUUGUAGAUGCAGGAAAACUACGGUAUGGAGAACUGGCAAGUUGGCAAGCAAAAGGCUUGGGUUUUGAAGACAUGGGGAGAAAGGAGAGCAGACUUGCAGGAGCUAUGUAGUUUGUUACUAAGAUCUCCAAUUGCACAAAAAGAAGCCAAGGACAUGCCUCUUAGAACUAAAGAAGACUGAUUCCAGGAAUUUCUGAAUAGCAGAACUGACCAAAAGGCACACAUUAUUUCAAUGAAAAUGAAUGCAUUCCUACUUUCACCAGGUUGUAACAGGAUUACAACGGAGCAGGAACCUCAAGAUGAGGCACUAGUGAUGCAAAGGCAGUGACAUUUGCUCGGGAAGGAAUUGCAGCCAUGUUUUGAGCAGUUGCAUGGGAAGAAGACACAUGAAGCAGACCCCACAGUACAGAACAGACUGCCCAGUGGGAAUGAUCUAAUAAAGGUCUUCUCUGGGGGUCUACCUUGGAUGCUAAAGCUGUCCCAUGUCUUCAAUCAUGGUUAUUCCAGGAUUAAUGGUUGUUCCGCUGUCAUUUCCUGGUCUGUUUCUUCUCACCUUUCACCUUUCCACAUCACAGAACAUUCUUGAUUACCCUGAAGAUGAGCAGCAGUGUUCAAGAAGAGAGCAUCCUGUGAUUUCUUUUGAAGACCUGAAACCCUGGGUUUCAAAUUUCACCUAUCCAGGUGUACGGGAUUUCUCUCAGCUCGCUCUGGAUGCCAAUAGGAAUCAACUCAUUGUUGGAGCCAGAAACUACCUCUUCAGAUUAAGUCUAUACAACGUUUCUCUUAUUCAGGCAACAGAAUGGGGCUCAGAUGAAGACACCAGAAGAUCCUGUCAGAGUAAAGGAAAAACAGAGGAGGAAUGCCAGAACUACAUUCGUGUUCUGAUUGUUUAUGGCAAGAAAGUUUUCACGUGUGGCACCAAUGCUUUUUCGCCGGUGUGUUGCAGCAGACAGGUAGGAAAUCUUAGCAGAAUAAUUGAGAAAAUAAAUGGGGUAGCUCGUUGCCCCUAUGACCCUCGGCACAACUCCACAGCUGUGAUCACAUCACAGGGAGAACUCUAUGCUGCAACUGUUAUUGAUUUCUCUGGACGAGAUCCGGCUAUUUACCGCAGCCUAGGAAAUGUCCCGCCUCUUAGAACAGCACAGUACAACUCCAAGUGGCUUAAUGAGCCCAACUUCAUUGCUGCUUAUGACAUCGGUUUGUUCACUUACUUCUUCUUUCGUGAAAAUGCUGUAGAGCAUGACUGUGGGAAAACUGUCUAUUCUCGAGUGGCAAGAGUUUGCAAAAAUGACAUUGGAGGAAGAUUUCUGUUGGAGGACACAUGGACGACCUUCAUGAAGGCGCGGCUCAACUGCUCUCGUUCUGGGGAAAUCCCUUUUUACUACAAUGAAUUGCAAAGCACUUUUUAUCUACCUGAACAAGAUUUGAUAUAUGGAGUCUUCACUACCAAUGUAAACAGUAUUGCUGCUUCAGCAGUGUGUGCCUUCAACCUGAGUGCUAUUACACAAUCUUUUAAUGGGCCUUUCCGAUACCAAGAAAAUCCAAGAUCUGCAUGGCUGCCAACAAUCAACCCAAUCUCAAAUUUUCAGUGUGGAAUAUUGAAUGAUGACAGCCCCAAUGAAAACUUGACAGAAAGGAUCUUGCAGGAUGCCCAGCGCUUAUUCCUGAUGAAUGAUGUGGUGCAACCAGUCUCGGUGGAUCCAUAUGUCACUCAGGACAACAUCCGUUUUUCUAAGUUGGUGGUUGACAUUGUUCAGGGCAAGGAUACACUUUAUCAUGUGAUGUAUAUCGGAACUGAGCACGGCACCAUUUUGAAGGCACUUUCCACCACUAAUAAGAGCCUAAGGAGUUGUUAUUUAGAGGAAAUGCAAAUUCUUCCCGCCAGCCAAAAGGAGCCAAUCCAGAGCCUCCAAAUAUUGCAUAGUGACAGAUCACUGUUUGUGGGUUUGAAUAAUGGAGUGCUAAAAAUUCCUCUGGAGAGAUGUUCAAUGUACAGAACAGAAGGUGAGUGCCUGGGAGCAAGGGACCCAUAUUGUGGCUGGGAUAAGAAGCAGAAGAGGUGCACAACCAUUGAGGACAGCUCCAAUAUGAGCCUGUGGACUCAGAAUAUUACUGAGUGCCCUGUGAAAAACUUGAAGGUUGAUGGGCGGUUGGGGGCCUGGUCCCCAUGGCAACCCUGUGAGCAUUCGGAUGGAGACAGCACAGGCUCUUGUAUGUGCAGAUCACGGUCGUGUAACAGCCCUCAGCCUCGGUGUGGUGGACGGGAUUGUGAAGGAGCCGGAAUAGAGAUUGCAAAUUGCUCAAGGAAUGGAGCUUGGACACCAUGGUCGUCCUGGGCCCCCUGCAGCACUUCCUGUGGGAUUGGCUUUCAGGUCCGUCAGAGGUCGUGUAGCAACCCUGCUCCGCGAUACGGAGGCAGGGUCUGUGUCGGACAAAGCAGAGAGGAGCGGUUCUGCAAUGAGAACAGUCCGUGCCCUUUACCAAUCUUCUGGGCAUCAUGGGGCCCUUGGAAUAAAUGCAGUGCGAAUUGUGGUGGAGGAGUGCACUCAAGACAGAGAUCCUGUGAAAAUGGAAACACCUGCCCAGGCUGUGCUGUGGAGUAUAAAACAUGCAACCCAGAGGCAUGUCCGGAGGUGCGGAGAAACACGCCAUGGACACCAUGGAUGCCCACCAACAUCACCCAAAGUGGGGCUCGCCAGGAGCAGCGCUUCCGCUACACUUGCCGGGCUCAGCUUGCCGACCCCCAUGAUCUCCAGUUUGGUCGAAAGAAGACGGAAUCUCGAUUCUGCCCCAAUGAUGGCUCAGCAGUUUGCGACACUGAUUCUCUGGUUGAUGACCUUCUGAAAAGUGGAAAAACCUCUAUUAGGAUCAUCAAUGGUGGAUGGUCCUUUUGGGGUGGAUGGUCAUCUUGUUCCCGGGAUUGUGAACUGGGCUUCAGAACCAGGAAGCGAACCUGUACCAAUCCAGAACCCAAAAAUGGUGGUCUGCCUUGUAUAGGAUCUGCAAUGGAAUAUCAAGAUUGUAACCCACAUCCGUGUCCAGUGAAAGGCUCCUGGUCCUGCUGGACUCCUUGGUCUCAGUGCUCAGCCACAUGUGGAAGUGGACACUACCAGAGAACUCGGACGUGCACCAACCCAGCACCCUCAAAUGGAGAGGACAUCUGCAUUGGCCUGCACACGGAGGAAGCCCUGUGCAAUACCCACUUGUGUGAAGGAGGCUGGUCUGAAUGGUCUGACUGGAGCUUAUGUAAUGAAGAUGGGAUCCAAUAUCGAAGUCGUUACUGUGAAAUCCAUAGCCCUGGGUCUUCUCAAUGUUCUGGGAACAGUACGCAGUACCAAGACUGCUUGUACAAUGAAAUCCCAGUAAUACUGCCAGCUUCAAGCAUUGACGAGAGCACGAACUGUGGAGGGUUUAGCCUCAUCCACCUGAUCGCCACGGGGGUCUCCUGCUUCUUUGGCUCCAGCCUCUUAACUUUUGUGAUCUACAUUUACUGUCAGCGCUGCCAGAGGCAAUCCCAGGAGUCGACUGUGAUCCACCCCACCACUCCCAACCACCUCCAUUACAAAGGCAACACAACGCCCAAGAAUGAGAAAUACACACCUAUGGAAUUUAAGACGCUUAACAAGAACAAUUUAAUACCAGAUGACAGGACCAACUUCUAUCCUUUGCAGCAGACAAAUGUGUACACAACAACCUAUUAUCCCAGUACACUGAAUAAAUAUGACUACAGGCCCGAGGCCUCACCUGGAAGGACCUUUGCUAACAGCUGAUGAUGGACAGAUCCUCCAAAAACUGGAUUACUUCCUAUAUGAUUUUUAUUUUUAAAAUUGAGUUUAUGGACCAAAUACUGGCCCUAUCUCUAGGUGUAAAUAUAAUACAGUGGGCCUUUUAUUUUCUUUUUUAUCAGUGGUCUUACUUUCAAGUAGCACAUCUCCUUAAGAGGACCUACUGCUUAUGGAUGAAGGACUAUCUUGUCUAGGAGUUUGGAGAAGUCCUCCGUUAGAAGUGGCACUUACUGCUAUGGAUAUUUACAGCUGGAGUUGCUCCCUUGUGUCUCUUGCAAAGAUAGUUCAGGAAUCGACCAUGAUGUGCUAAACUUGUGUGGAAUGGUAUGUGACUGCUCAGCACUUCUUCAGAAAUUCAGUGAACAUGGCAGAGAAAUGCCAGUAAUGCACUGAGACUUGUCUUGCGCAUACCUACGAGUCAAUUAAAGUGCGAAUAUCAUCCUCAAAACAAGCCUUAUGGACCACCACACUCAAGCUUUUGGUUUCUAAGCUUUGGGGUUGAUCAAUGUUGUCUGCAUUUCCGAUGAUGUGGAGAAAAAUAUGCAACCUGCAAUUUUGAAUGGAUGAAGUCCUGUGAGAUUUACAAAAUAAAGAUGAGGAACUUCACACAGAGGAAGCAUCGUGAAACAUUUCCAGUCAAGAUUUUGAGGCAAUAGUAUUAAGACGUUAAGUUUGGGUACAUGAAGCAUGGGCUCUGGAUACAUCAAGGGUGAUUUAGCCCACUGGAGUUUAUGCGAAGAGAGAGGAACAAGAGCCAUGGAAUAUCCUGUUAGGAGGGACUAUUUUCUUCUGACUUUGAUUCCAGUAGCCUCUUAUGAAACUGUUAGAUUGAGGACCCUCUGUUGUUGUUAAAAUCACCAAGCUUUAUGCGAAUUGCUGGUUUUAUUUUUUAUAAUUUUUUUAAUUCACACGAACAAGGAAAGUUCGGUGUCUCUAAAGAAUGUCUCCAUAGCAUAGUCUAACUCAGAAAGCCUGCUGCAGAUUCCCUUAGCGUCUUCCAGUCAGUCGUACUCUUUGAAAAUGCAAUGUGCAUCCUUAAUUGCCAGUGUCCUUCAGUAUCUGAGUGAGAGAAAGAAACCUGCUAAGGUCAAUGUAACUGGGGCCUGUCACAUUCCCAACCAACCCAAUCCUGCUGUGAAAUGUUCUUCUGUGUCUGUGUGUGACUGUGUUAGACAAAUGCAGAAGCCAUGAUGUCUUGGGCCAGUUGAUUGUCUGACAUUGAUGUCUAGCAGGAAGCCCAUCUGUGAGCCUUGCUUUCAUGGACAUUCCCAUCCCAUGUGUCUGCCGACAUAUGUGUGUUUGCUCACUGUUGGUUAGCGUUUUUUGGUGUGUCUAUCUAUUUUUUAAUGACCUCCUGGUGCUAAGAGUUGGAGACUGCCACAGUGCAGUGCAUGUGGCAAAAAACAUGAGCCAGUCCCUUGCAUGAGCAAUGAAGCACAUCUCACGCUUGGGUUUCUCCCGUGUAUCUUGUUUUAGCAAUGACCCUCUCUGUUCGCACUUAUUGGUUUGACCAUAAUCCAUGCCUUUUAUUUCAGAUUCUGUCUCAGAUUGUCUAAUAUGCAGCAUUGUCCUCAUUGCUUAUUCAUACAUGCAUGAAUACAUCAUGCACAUACACACACGCACACCACCUUUGAAAACUUUUUUGCACAGUUAUUUACAGGCAUGAAAUAUAGAUUUGGCAAGUGGUUCUGUCCAUGCCUGAAGAUGCCUCCUGCCUUCAAUGGGGAAACAAUCCAGUGCUGAUGCCUAGUUCUCAUUUAACCUAAAGCAACCAAAGGUCAUAAGGCAUGUUAGUGUAUCACUGAUGUCUAAACAAACUGUGAACUGUCUCGGUGAUGGGAUGUCCAAUCCGAUAAAGUCUCCCCCACCCCAAUAUUAUUUCAGUAUGCCAGUGACUGAGAACUUGUUCUCUUGUAUGUUAAGCCAGCCCUGUAGGGCAGGAAGGGGUUCUUGUCCCCACAUAAAUCACGAAUGCAGAAACUGUUUCUGCACAUGGAGAUGUGCUGCUUUUUCCCACUGAAAUGACUGGGACAAACCAGACCGGUAGCUAAGCAACAGCUGAACUCUCACAUCUGUAAGAAAUUGUUGGAUUGGGGCCACAGCAAAGCAUUGUUUCAGAGUGGCCCAGUGUGAUGCAAAAUUAAUUUUGCACCAGCAUGAGUACCAGUGUCUUAAGCCCUUCAUUUCACUCUUCUUUCCCUCCCUCCAUUCUUUUAUUUGCCUUGUAUUUUGCUGUGAAAUAAGCCAGAUUUUUCAGCUCGAUUAAGAUUUUCAUUUUUUGAUUUGUAAGUUUUUCUCCUCCUGGUUAUGCAAGGUAAGAUUCUCUCUUUAGAGAUCAGAAAUCACAGCAGGUUUCUGUGCAGAGAUAUUUUUAGUUAGAAUAGUUCGUUCUGCCUAGGCAUUUGAAUGAGAACUUUUCAGAAAUGUGAAUGGUAAUUCUUAUUGCAAACAUGUUGAUGCCAUUGAGGAAGAGGAGGGAAAAGAGCAUCGUACCAGUCAGUUAGUGUUUGCCUGAGAGUAGAGUUCUUUGGGGGACAAUAUUAAUGCAAACAGAGAAAUCUAGAGUCCUUAGCUUCCUUUGACAGGUUAAUGAGACAGGACACCAUGGAGUGCUUGUAUCUCUGCUUCAGUGGGUCAUUUCGAUCGUGGCAAGAGGUUGUUGUCGAAGGCUUUCAUGGCCAGAAUCACUGGGUUGUUGUGCAUUUUCCGGGCUGUACGGCCAUGUUCCAUAAGCAUUCUCCUGACAUUUUGCCUGCAUCUAUGGUUGUGAGGUAUCUAUAGAUACCUUACAACCGUUGAGGAUGGCUGCCAUAGAUGUGGGUGAAACAUCUUCUAGAACAGCCUGGAGAAUGCACAACAACCCAUGGCAAAAGGCUUUUGCUGUCCAUGGUAGGUCUUGUUGUUUGUCUAAUCUAGGAAGAUCUUUUGAAAUCAUUAAUGCAACACUAGAUGUGGGUUUGGUCUCACAAUAUAAUUGCUUUUACAACAGGAUUCAUGUGCUCAUUCUGUAACAUGCACAUUCUGGGAUGGUGCUGUUGUUCUUGCCACACAACACGAUAAGGCAGCAGCACCCUUGUGCCCAGUGGAGCAGUUUUCUGUAUUGGACAGCAGUUGGUUUUUGAAAUUUAGGAUCAAUUUAUACAUUACAGGGGAUAGCUGUUCAGGGAAGCUUCCCAAAAUUAUGUGAGUUAUUAAGAUUGUGUCUGGAUUCUUUAUUAUAAAGGGGAGAUAGCCCAUUUCUUUCAAAAGAGCUAUUGGGAUUUUAGGCCAAAGUGAUUAGAGCCAUCUCAUUUUUAAAAUAUAUAUGUCUUAAAGCCUUCCUUAUUUGUCUGGUGCACAGCAGCAUCUACAGGGCUCAACUCAGUGUUUGUAUAAAGCAGCAUGAUUAAUUGAUAGUGAUAUGUUGAGCCCAGGUAACAGGCUAAAGAGCACACUCAACUCAGACAUGUUCAGAAUAGGGACGGUGAAUACUGGGAAAUCUGAUUUAAUGAAUUUUGGAGUCUGGUGAGGGGGAAAAUAGAGCUUCAUAUUUGGAUGGAGAAGCUUGUUAUAAGCUGCCUUUCCCGCUCUGGGAAAAAGGCAAAAGUGUAUCAAUUAAAUACAUGAAAUAAAUUAUUCCCCUUUGUUUUCAUAAUCAUAACCAGAGAGUAGAAAAAGUUGCUUAUUGGCAAAGGGUCAGCUGGCUGAGGGAUUCUGGAAGUAGCAGUUCAAAAGAUUAUUUUUCCAAGGUCUGAAUAACUUGGGUGAUCUUUUGAACUGUUGUGUCUCUUUAUGUGUUUUAUUCAUGAUCAUUGUUCUAUUUUAUUACCUUUUUUUACUAGAGAUGUUGGAAAUUUGUUUGAACCCACUUGUCACACAUUCUGAUCCAGCGAUUCCUUACAGCAGUGGUUCUCAACCUGUGGGUCCCCAAAUGUUUUGGCCUUCAGCUCCCAGAAAUCCUAACAGCUUGUACACUAGCUGGGAUUUCUGGGAGUUGUAGGCCAAAACACCUGGGGACCCACAGGUUGAGAACCACUGCCUUACAGGCUGAUAUGAAGCUCAUCCUCCCAAAACAGCUACUCCUUUCACCUUAAAAGGCAGCUGUGGUAUACCAGAGGAAAGUGAAGGCCUCCAGAUGUUGGUGGAUUGCCUCUCCUUUCAGUCAAGAUCAGUUGUGAGAGAUGCUGGGAGUUGAAGUCCCUCAAAACAUGGAAGACUGUAUCCCUGCUGUAGACCUAUCCAUUUACAGAGGCAGUGUGCCUAAGCUGCCUUAUUGAGAUGAAUGGAGCAAGCUGUGUUUGCAAUAGAGCUGUAUGUGCAUAUCUUAGAAAGCAGAUCAGCCUCCGCAUUAGGGUAAGUAGGGGGCUGAGGAGCUGAUACAGCUGAAUAGACUUAUCCUGCUUUUAUGCUCCGAAGAAAUGAGUGAUAGCAUCUCUCUUCCUGUGCCUUUCUUCAGUGUUGUUUUUCUGUUCUCCUCAGUGGGACUACAGAAGUGAUAAAGCAGCAAAGCUUCGCCACAGAGCUUUGGCACAGCCAUAAACUGCUUUGCUCCUUCCCUGUGUCACAAAAAGGGAGGCUGAGCCUCUGUACUGUAGCUUCUUCUUCGGCAGAGGAAACAAAACUCCGCAGGAUCCGAUCGAAGGAGCUUUAUGGGGCUGUAUAUCAGAAAUAUACGCUGAAUUUAUUGCUGGGAAGCUCGUUUAAAAAUACUGCACUUCAGUAAUAUGCAUAUUCCAAAAGGAGAGAGAGAGAGAUGUCUCUUUGCAGAGUGAAUGCUUGAAGGGAGAGAUGAUGGCAUUGUAAAGAGGGACGUGUGACUGUUUGUAUAUGCAUUGCAAUGGCUCAUCCGUACUCCAGCAUAGGAGUUGUACAUGCAUACCUGCUGCCUUAUUAUUUUCUAGAGAAAGAAGUGACGUUAGUUGAAGAUUGGUAUAGGAAGAGGAAAUGACAUGAAUUCUUUUGGAAAUAUAUUUGAGAACUGUACCUUUCCUUGCAUUACAAGACCUAAUGUCGCAAAAGAAAAUCAUGCCAAGAUGAAAGUAAGUUGCCAUUAGUCAUACCAAAUGUGAGAUUUUUCUUACACAUGCAAACAUAUAAAAUGUAAAGUUCAUAAAGUCUGCCUACUUAAACACUGUGUAUGUGUAUAUAUGAUAUAUAUUUAUAACACAUACAGACAAUAUAUGUGUACUGUUGAAUGUCUAAAAAUCCAUUUAAAAUAAUGAAAGCAGCAUUGGGACUUGAGGUUAGGUUUCAAAGGAGAACCCAAAAGAAUAAGCAGCAGAUUUUAACAAGAACUUGCUUUUUUCCUAGAGGAAUGAAUUUUUUCAUGGUUUAAUGAAAAUUAAGAAGUUGACUUUUGUAGCUAGAAUUGUUCCAUCUUCCCCAACCCACAAAAUAAUCCAUUCAUGUUAAGAAUGGCAAAGUAAACAAUGUUUGUAUUUGCUCAUACUUUAUGAAUAAACUGCCCAAAUUGACUUAGUACAUUGGUUUGAUUGUUUUUAAUAAUCAGUAGCCAAAAUGAACAGUAAAUGGCAAUAUUUUGUUUAGCUGCUGUUGCAGAUAGCUACACAAUUCAUUAUAAAACACAACCAUCAGCAUAAGUCAGCAAAACCCAGUCCAUUUUUUGUUAUCAGAACAACCUAAAUGCAGUCAUUCAAUAGGAAGCCAGCCCACACCAUCUGUUUUUAAAAGACCCGUCUAUGCCAGACCAAAUAGUCAGCCAGGCAACAGACAUGAUCCUUUUGGGGAUUUAUGUGUGCGUAAACUCUUUUCCUAUACAGCAUUGCUGUGAAUCCUACUCAAAUGCCCACUUACCACGAAGCAGCCACUGCAAACAAUGAAGAUCUGUCCCCCUGUCAUUCAGGAAGCAGCUGACUGACAAUCCCACAACCAUCCUGCGAAGCAAGACCCCGGUUGCAAUUCCCUCAUGCAAAAGAAGUUGGGACUAUUAUUAUUAUUAUUAUUAUUAUUAAACUUUAUUUGUACCCCGCUAGCAUCUCCCGAAGGACUCGAUGCGGCUUACAAAGGCCAAGGCCUCAACACACAAUAUAACAAUACAAAACAAAAGGCAAAUUAAAAACAAUUAAAACAGUAUAAACUUGGUGUUGGAGAUUUCCUAUUAAUCUGGGAAGGCACAUUGGAACAGCCAGGUCUUCAGGUUCUUUCUGAAGACUGCCAAUGUAGGGGCAGCUAACUGCUUCUUAAUUGACAAAGAAAAGGAUCCACAAUCAUUUGGAGCAGCUGCUUUUUAAGUUGAGCUUGGAGACGUGGGGGAGCUUUUCACGGCCACUAAACAGUCCUGAAGUCACAAACAACAUAAGGAUCAUGAAUAUAAAACAAGUCAAGUGUGUAACCAGGCUGCACACUUGUUACUGCCCAAGAUUUCCGCUAUUAUCUAAUUGAACUCUGAAGUCUCUUCAUACUGUACAUGCAGAAAGUGACACAUGUCAAGUCCUAAUCAGACGGAGAGAUCUGGAUUCUUGAACAUGUGGAGAGCCUCCAUAUGUAGAAGGGGUUUCCUCUUCAGAGACAUCAUUUUCAGGUGAACAAAGGGAGAACAGAGUACUGGGGCAAAUGACAUUUUCAACCCUAAUCCUGUUUGCCUAUGCAGAAAAGGGCAGCCCAUUUAUUUCAGUGCAGUCAGCAGUUUUUAUGGAGCUUCUGUCGUGACGGCGGAUCUAUUUGCUCCACCAAAAUUAAUGAAGUAGUUUACUCUUGUAAGAAUUUAGAGCUCUGGCUCAGGAAGUAAAUUCCAUUAAUUUUAAUAGAUUAAUAUGUUAAGAAUUGUAACAUUUUCCAGAGGGCAACUGUGUUUGUUGUUAAAGACUUAAAGAGUUUUACAAUAUUAUAAAGGCUAACAAAUUUAUGACAGCAUAAGCUUUUUGUAGGCCUCCUUAAACGGGCAAAAUAUGGUUCUCAAUUUCACUAUUGCAUGCAGAUGUAUGCAGGGGGAAGACCAUUUUAACAAAGCAAAAAAUACAGUCCCUUAAGGCAACCUUAAUCUGCCUUUCCCAUGGAAUCAGUAAUCAUAAAAUAAGAAUCAUACACUGUAAUACAAGUAACAUGCAAACAUGGGCUAUCAGACCCAUCGCAACAUACACCACCAAGGAUAACGAACACACUUGUAUAGAAAUAACCAGCUAAUGUUGACACGUCACAUACAGUUGUGACAUAUAGGUUCACUGCUGAAAGGCACUCGUUUUCUAUUGCACAGGGAACCUGUGCUUCCUACAAUAGCCAGAUAACAGCUAACAAAUUAUGGCUGACAUCCUGUUGGUGACAUAUGCUGGUAUAACAUAUGAAUGAAAUUAUGCCAGCAUACAUCCUUUAAAGCUUGUUGCAGGGAGAAGUAUCCAAUUCUUUGCAGAGCACCCCCCCCAUGACACCUGUGAAUACCUCCACCAGCCAAGGCCCAGUGCAAUACCAGAUAUCAUCCAGCUGCAUGGAAAAUGAAGGUUACCAAUUUCCUGAGCUUCCAGCAAGUAAACUAGAGUUCUACAAGGAUCUCUUGUAGUUAGAAUCCGGGGAGCAGGGUGAGCUCCUGCUGUUAGCCCCAGCUUCUGCCAAAUUAGCAGUUUGAAAACAUGCAAAUGUGAGUAGAUCAAUAGGUACCGCUUCAGCGGGAAGGUAACAGUGCUCCAUGCAGUCAUGCCGGCAACAUGACCUUGGAGGCAUCUACGGACAACACUGUUUUUUUAGCUUAGAAAUAGAGAUGAACAUCAACCCCCAGAGUCGGACAUGACUAGACUUAAUGUCAGGGGAGAACCUUUACCUACCUUAAAGUAUUCCUACAGGAUCCUGGCCUAUAGCAAUAAAGUAGGAGUCCAGGAUUUAAUUCAAAAGUUUUAGGAAGACUUAACUGGACUAUAAACACCCAGCCCUGAAACACAUGAAACAAGAGCUUUCAGGGUAUCAGAAAAGAUACAUAUGCAAAGACUGUUGGCACCACUAAGCUACAACCAUCCAUCAACCCAUCUUGCCUAUUUUAAGGCAAGGACUUCCAGGGCAGAUGAUGUUAGGAAACAGAUAAAACAACCUUUUACAUCCAAAAGAAGGUCAUGGUUUUUUGCCCCUUAAUUUUAUUCCCUUACUUGUAAGGACUUCAAAACAGUGCUCAGAGCAUGGUAAUUUGAACGGCAAGUAUCUCAAGACAGGAGCAAGUCCUGUUGGUACUUCAUACUGUUUACAUAAUGCUGUUACACUGGCAUAAUGUUACUCUGUUAGAGGGCAGCAAGGAAAGCCAUCCAUGUUUCCAGGGAAAGCUGCCCCACCGGCUCCUGCAUAGUAUAGGGCAGUGAUUCUCAAUCUGUGGGUCCCCAGGUGUUUUGACCUACAACUCCUAGAAAUCCCAGCCAGUUUACCAGCUGUUAGGAUUUCUGGAAAUUGAAGGCCAAGACAUCUGGGGACUCACAGGUUGAGAAGCACUGGUUUAGGGGCUGGCUGGGUAUUUUGCUGCUGUUCCCCUGACCCAUCACAGUCAUAAUACUUUUGCCAUGCUGCCUCUUACACUGGCAUCGUAAAUACUAACUAAAAGGACUCUAGUCAUCAUGCCUGAGUUUAUUGGCGGACAGUUGGUCAAGGCUGCUGUGGGAUGAGUUGCCAAGGAUGAUGUUUCCCCAAGUUAAAGAGAGGUCAGGAGGAAUAUGCCACAAAUAACAGGUUUUUGAAAAGGGCUCUGCAUAUAGAAAAGUCAAAACAAUAUUGAAGCCAGUCAGCUGUGCAGCUGUUCUCACUCUGGGUGGACGUGUGGGCCUGUUUGAAAUGGAAUCCAAUCUGUUUUCAGAAGAGGCGGCAGGAGGCAAACCAAAUGGAAGAUGAAGGCAGGAGAUACUACGGCUCAGUUUGAUAACUGUGGCUGAGAGAAGAGACUAAUCUGUUGAGUUAAUAAAGAGAAAUUGAUUCUCACUAGAACGCAAGAGUACAUGCCUUAGGAGACAAAAUGGGGACAAUACUGCCAGCCUCUGUUAUGAAGGCAUUUCCUCCUUCCUAUGCAAGUGAAUGCAAUGGUACUGUUAGAAUAAAGGUGGUGUAGAUUGUAAUCGCUUCCUUUAGACACUGUGAAUUUGGGAGCUGGGCUGGGAGUCUCUGUAUUUUUAUAUAUUGUACUAUGUAAAGAAUAAUUCAGAAAUAAAAAGGUUAUCAACCUGC